AUGCGGGUCCUGCCCGUGGCGUCCCUCUUCCUCGGCCUCUGGCUGGUCGGGGGGAGCCGCUGUGACGGAGGCCUCCAGCGCAGCAUGGCGGAGCUGCACGGCCGGCUGGCGGUGCUCCUCUACCAGACCCUCAGCGAGACGGAGAAGACCUCCAACCUGAUGGUGUCCCCGGCCAGCGUGUCCUCGUCUCUGGGUCUGCUGCAGCUCGGCGCCCGCGGCAACACGCUGGCUCAGCUGGAGGCCACGCUGGGAUACAACGUGAAGGACGUCCAGGUUCAGGACUUCCUGCUGCGUUCCCACAGAGAUGCUAGUAACAGCAGCCAGGGGGCGCUGCUGCAGCAGACCUGCACGCUGUUCGUGCAGAGCGGCGUGCAGCUGCUGACCGACUUCACGCGGCGAGCAGCGGUGUGGGCCGACGGCGGCCUGGUGCGUGCCGACUUCAGCCAGGUCAACCACACGGGACGCAGCGCCGCCGAGGAGCCGUGGCCCCUGCAGGCAGGAAGCAGCAGCGGGGAGCUGUCGGGCUCCGGCGAGGCCCAGGCCGAGGCCCCGUGGUUGGGCCAGCGGCUGCAGAUGGCGCUGGUCAACACGGUGGCGUUCAGGGGCGUCUGGCAGAAACAGUUCCUGUUCAGCAGCACACAGAACCUGCCCUUCGUCCUGUCUGACGGGACCACCGUCAAAGUACCCAUGAUGCACCAGGCCGGCGAGGUCCGCUUCGGUCAGUUCAGGACGGCGUGGGAGCAGCGCUACACCGUGCUGGAGCUGCCGUACUUGGGCCGCUCCCUGAGCCUGCAGGUGGUCCUGCCCAGCGAGAGGAAGACGCCGCUGUCCUCGCUGGAGUCCCAGCUCAGCGCCCGCCAGCUGACCUCCUGGGACUCGGGCCUGCGCAGAACCAGGAUGGACGUUCUGCUGCCGAGGUUCAGGAUGCAGAACAGGUUCAACCUGCGGUCGGUGCUUCCUGCCAUGGGCAUCAGCGACGCCUUCGACCCGACGGCGGCGGAUUUCACUGGAAUAUCAGUGAAGGAGAGUCUCUACGUGUCCGAUGCUUUCCAUGAAGUGAGAAUAGACGUUGCAGAGGACGGGACGAAGGCAGCGGCCGCUACUGCCAUGGUUCUCCUCAAACGAUCCCGAGCUCCUGUUUUCAAGGCGGACCGUCCGUUUUUAUUCCUGCUCCGACAGAUUAACACAGGAUCUAUCAUGUUCAUGGGACGAGUGAUGAACCCAGAACUACAAGCCCCCUAA